AUGACUCCUGAUUCAAUUUGUUUUCUCCCAAAUCUAGAAGUCCUAAUUGAGUACAAUUUUCCAAGGAGUGUGAGGUGCAUUGCAGCCGAGAGAAGAGCUCUCCUUGAUUUCAAGAAAGGUCUUACCGUUGUGGCAAACCACCUGGUUUCAUGGACAAGUGAAGAAGAAGAGUGUUGCAAUUGGAUAGGUGUUGGUUGCGACAACUCAACCGGCCAUGUUGUCAAGCUGGACCUCUACUGGAUGUUUACUACAGGCGAGAUCGGGUAUUCCUUGCUUGAGUUAAAGCACUUGAGUCACUUGGACCUCUCUUUUAAUAGCUUUCAUAAAAUCCCAGACUUCAUUGGUUCACUUUCAGAGCUCACUUACCUAGAUCUCUCAUACAACCCUCUCACUGGGAUCAUUCCUCACCAGCUUGGGAAUCUUUCUAGGCUGCUUUAUCUUGAUCUUGUUCCUGAUCUUUUUUACCUUCAUUCAUUGAAAUCCGACAACCUUGAAUGGCUUUCUCAUCUUUCUUCUUUGAAAUCACUGAAAAUCGGUUCCACCAAUUUUACAAAAGCUACAAACUGGCUCCAAGUUAUUCAAUCUCAUCCUUCCCUCUCACUACUACACUUUGACUUGUGUGAUUUUCCAGAGGUUGAUCCUUCAUCUCUUUCCCAUUUUAAUUCUUCAAAUUCUUUAUCUGUUCUUCACCUGACAUCAUCUACUUUGCAACCUUCAACAUUUCCUCUGUUGCUGAAUCUGAGUCAAAAGUUUGUUGAACUCGAUUUCUCUGAUGAUUACUUAUCGAGUUCAAUCUCACUCUCUUUUGACAACAUGCCAGCUCUCCAACGCAUUAAUUUAAGAGGAAAUAAUCUUGAAGGUGGAAUACCAAAGUUCUUGGGGAAUAUCUGCAAUUUAAAAGAGUUGGACUUAAGGGAUAACAAGCUCAGCGGAUCUCUCGGGGUUGUUGUCAAAAACUUAGGGUGUGCCAAGGAUUCUCUAGAAGCUUUGGCUUUGGCCGGGAAUCGACUGACUGGAGCAUUGCCUGAUCUUUCAAUAUUAUCAUCAUUGAGAAAAUUAUCUCUUUCAGGAAACCAACUUGAGGGGCCUCUUCCAGUCAACAUCGGGAAAAUGUCUCAACUUGAGCUCUUGGAUGUUUCCUCCAACUCUUUACAUGGUGUCUUUUGCGAAGUUCACCUGUUUAAUCUUACCAAAUUGAAAGAACUGUCCAUAUCCUUUAAUUCUUUGUCUUUUAAUCUUAGCUCUGAUUGGAUCCCUCCAUUUCAUCUGGAUUAUAUUGACAUGCGUUCAUGUAAGCUUGGUCCACAAUUUCCGAGUUGGCUUCGAUGGCAAACUAAUUUCUCCGUUAUGGAUAUUUCUGACAACAACAUUUCAGGCAACAUGCCCAACUGGUUUUGGAAUCUGCCUUCAGGACUUAUGUUUUUGAACCUUUCCUUCAACAAAAUCAGUGGGAGUAUUCCAAAUCUGCAACUAGAAUUUGAUGAUUCCCCUUUUAUAGUUUUGAGAUCAAAUCUUUUUCAUGGUUCUAUACCUCCUUUUUUGUUUAAUUCAGGGGUUUUGGAUCUAUCCAUCAACAUGUUCAGUGGACCUUUGUCAUUGUUGUGCAUGAGGAUGAAUAAUGGUUUGAGUUAUCUUGACCUCUCUUACAAUUUGUUAGUGGGUGGGAUUCCUGAUUGUUGGAACAAGUACAAGAGCUUAACAGCAAUCAAUUUGGAGAACAAUAAUUUGUUGGGAGUAAUCCCUAAUUCUUUGGGCUCACUACAAAAUUUGAAGUCAUUGCGCUUAAGGAACACAAGUUUGUAUGGUGAAAUACCACACUCACUAAAAAAUUGUACUGCAUUGCAACUUCUGGAUUUGGGAGACAACAAAUUGACUGGAAUCAUUCCACCAUGGAUAGGAGAAAGACUCGAUAGGUUGAUUGUUCUUCGUCUACGAUCAAAUGAGUUUCAUGGCAACAUACCUUCAACUCUAUGUCGCCAACAGUUUCUUCAAGUAUUAGAUCUUUCUCUCAACAACAUAUCAGGAGACAUUCCUUCAUGCCUAAACUAUUUGACAGCCAUGGCUCACUUUGGAAGUUCUAUGGAAACUAUCUCUAUAAUGGGGAUAGGUUAUGCCAUGGAUUUUUCUGGUGGUAUAGGGGAGGACUUUGAUGAGCAUUUGUUAGUUGUAUGGAAAGGUUUUGAACGAGAAUAUGGCAACACACUUGGAUUGUUAAAGAGUAUUGACUUGUCAUGCAACAAAUUAAGUGGGGAAAUACCUCGAGAACUAGCAAGUUUGCAAGGGUUGAUAAAUCUGAAUCUUUCAAGAAACAUGUUGAGGGGAAGCAUAAUUAGGGAGAUUGGCCAAUUGAAAUCCUUGGAUUCACUCGAUUUGUCCACAAAUAAUCUGUCUGGUGAAAUCCCGGAAAGCAUGUCCGAAUUAUCUUUUCUCAGCGUUUUGGAUUUGUCGAACAACAAAUUGUCCGGAAAAAUUCCUUCAAGCACUCAGUUGCAGAGUUUCAAUGCUAUUUCAUAUUCAGGGAAUUUGAGACUGUGCGGAGAACCAUUACGAAAAUGUCCUGAAGAUGAGCCACCAAAGGUGCCUAACAAUGGCGGUAUUGAAAGAAGCAGUGAAGGUGAUGAAGGAUUGAUUUUGGGGGAUACUUGGUUGAUCAUGGAGACACAAAUAUUUUCAGUUGGUGAACAAGUUAAGGGAGUGGAUCAGAUUAAGAAUGGCACUGAUGGUGGUGAAGUUGCAACGCAAACUUGGAUUGAAAGAGUGAGAUAUAAAAUGCUGUCCAUUUUUCGGUUGUUUAUUGGGGUCUGCCUGCUUGGAUUUAUUUACAAUUUUACCAUUGUUGUGUAA